CGGCAACGACAACCCGCCUUAUCGCGCCUAUUUUUUUUCACUCCCAAAGCCGACAUCCACUGAGCCCGUGGACGACACCGCGGCCACACGCCCGGGGACAUUCUUCAAAUUCCCCUUGUCAAUCGCCCUUUCCCCGACUUUGCACGCGGCAGCGACUGGUCCCAUCGCCGCCGCCGCCGCCGCCGCAUCCCCCUCCUCGCCCCCUCCGGCAUCAUGUAUGUCAACACCGAAGCAAAGCCCGGCUCGCCGGCGUUGCGCAUGCUGGGUUUGCCCAACCUGCCGCGCAAGCUGCCCUCGCGCAACUGGAUGAUCUUCUGGGCCGUCACCGGCGCCUUCACCACCGCCAUCAUCUACGACAAGCGAGAGACGAAGCGCGCGACGGCCAAGUGGCGCCAUGCCGUGGAGCCGCUCUCCCGCGAGCCCAUCGGCAAAGCCAGCCAGCUCCCGCGCAAGCUCACCAUAUACCUCGAGGCGCCCCCCGGCGACGGCCUGCGCGUCGCGCAAGACCACUUCAUCGAGUACGUCAAGCCCGUGCUGUCCGCCUCGGGCAUGGACUGGGAGUUUGUCCAGGGCCGCCAGCAGGGUGACGUCAGGGCCGCCGUUGCGGAGAAGAUUCGCCGCGCGAGGAUGGCUGACGAGCGGCCCGGCGAGGAGCUCGCCAAGACGGAGGAGAGCAUGGUCACCGACCUGAGGAAACGGAUGGGCGUCCCCGAGUACGAGGGCGUCAAGGGCGACAUCGUCAUCGGCCGACACACCUGGAAGGAGUACAUUCGCGGUUUGCACGAGGGCUGGCUGGGCCCCUUGGACGCGCCGCCCCAACCCGCGCCCCCGGUCGCCGAGACGAAUGCCGCGACGGCAGACGACGGCAGCACCGAUGAGACGACAGCGGAGAAGAAGGCAGAGGAAGAGAAGAAGGACGAGAAGCCAUCACGGCCGCCGCAACCGCCGCCGUACAACACCACAGACGACUACACCGCCGCCAACCUCCCCGUGCACAUUCCCUUCGAGUUUUCGCCCUCUGCUCCCAUAGCCUUUCCCCAUCGCCUGGGCUUCAGGCACACCUUUGUCCGCCUCGGCCGCUUCCUCAACCGCCGCAAGCUCGCCGACAGCAUCGGCCGCGACGUCGCCGCCGUGUGCUUCGCAGCGGCGCGCGAGUACCGCGAGGCCGACGGCCAGUUCGAGCAGCAGCUCCUCCUCGAGCGCGAGGAGAACGACUGGCCCAAGAGCACGUGGAAGGACGAGCCGCCCGCCGUGGGCGACGGAACCCAGGCCGCCGCCGCCGAGCCACCCAAGGAGAAGAUCUGGACGUCGCCCAUGGUGCUGGACCAGCGCAUCGGCGAGCGCAUGCGCCGCUUCGAGAUGCAGCCCGAGGACGAGGCGCGGGCCGCCAAGAUCGUCGUCCCCGAGGAGGAGAUUGAGGGCUGGGUCAAGGGCAGCCUGCGGAGUCUCUGGCGAUGGGGCGCCAGCUCCUUCGAGAGCAAGCCCAAGGGGCCCAACGUGGGCAACCUGGACGGCGACUGAAGGGGCUUGCGUCAAGGAACGUCCUGACUGCUUCAUGGGCACGAACAAACCCCCGUGAAAAAGUCGACUUGUAUCAUGUACCAUAUCACAUAUCUCGCUGCGAGGGGACCCUUUCUUGUAUACCAGUGGGGAGGUACGGAAAAGCAUUCUGUAGGCAUUAUAGAGGAAC